AUGGCCCCAGGUGCUCUCAUUGACGAGGCCUCUCACAUCACUCUCCCCCAAGCCAAAAGCAGUGAAGCCCCUCGUUCCAUCUUUCCCGAUGGCAUCCGUACAUCAGGCCAACAUCCUCCUCUAUACAAUGCUCUGAAGCCCUACUCUGAAUUCCCAACCGAGAUCACUGGCCCUACACUAUGGAAGAAGGAAGACUAUGAGAACAAGCCUGAAAGAUGGACUCACCCCUUCACAGAUGAAGAGAUUCAAGAGUUGAGUGAUACCGCUGAUGCCUUCAUCGCCAGCGGUACACCUCUCACUGGCAUCUCCAAGUCCAAGUUUCCUCUACCAAAACUUGGAAAGGUCCUUGAAACCCUCAGGGAAGACCUCCUCAACGGCAAAGGCUUCAUUCUCUUCAAACGCUUCCCAGCAGAUGUAUGGGGCCCUCUCAAAAACGCAGUAGCAUACAUGGGUCUCGGAACAUACAUCGGCUAUUUUGUCUCACAAAACGGUCUGGGCCAUGUCCUCGGCCACGUCAAGGAUGUAGGCGACGACGCUACACAGAUUGACAAAGUGCGCAUCUACCGCACAACAGCCCGUCAGUUCUUCCACGCCGACGACUCCGAUAUCGUCGGUCUCCUGUGCGUGCACCGCGCAAGGGAAGGCGGCGAGAGUGACAUUGUCAGCAUCCACAACGUCUGGAACGACCUGCAGAAGAACAACCCUGAUGUUGCAGAGCUACUUACCAAGCCUGUUUGGUACUUUGACCGCAAGGGUGAGACCUCAGUGGGUGAAGAGGAGUGGAUCCGCACUUCGAUAUUCUACCUUGAGAAUGGAGGUCAGGGACGCGUUUACUGCAAGUGGGAUCCAUACUUUGUACGAUCUCUCACACGCUUCUCCGACAAGGGUAUUAUUCCUGCGUUGAGCGAGGAGCAGAAGCGUGCCAUCACAAUCUUGGAGGAGACGUGCCAAAAAUUGGCGCUGCACAUGGUUUUGGAAGUUGGUGAUAUUCAGUUCGUGAGCAACACACAUCUCCUUCACGCUAGAACAGCAUACACAGACCACAACCCUCCCACACCUCGAAGACAUCUUCUUAGACUAUGGCUCUCUACACCAGAGACAGAAGGUGGAUGGGCUCUUCCUUUCCACGAUAGCAAGGAGAAGAAGCGAGGAGGUAUCCAGGUCAACAACAACGCACCCAGAUGUCCUUUGGAUGCGGAGUAA